GAAUCACUCGGUGCUCUUAGCCUCUUGCCAUUCGCCACCUUGCUAUGGCAAUGGAAGAGCUCGACGAGUUCGAGGUGCUCUGGCCGGACGCCUACGCCCACGCCCACGCCCACGCCGCGCACGAGCCGCCGGCGAGCAGCGCGAGCCCACCUGUGCCGGUGCACCCACCUGAGUCUUUGUCCAUGUCGCGCCCCAAGCAGCGCUGCUCCGCACGCUCUCGGCCCGUGGACGUCCCCAGCGCCGCACGCUUACACCGCUGCAACUGGAAAGAUGACGACGACGACGAGAAGGACGGCGUCAAGGAUAUCGUUCCGCCGCACUUGCUGGUGUCCGGCAUGCGGCGGUCGGAGGUGGAUUCGGCUUGGACGCUGCGGACGUCGCGGCCGCCGUGUAAGCGGGCGCGCGAACUGCGCCACCUACGCAACUCCGUCCUGCGGAUGACCGGCUUUAUUGAAGGAUGACGUCGAUGCGCUCGGCUCUGCUGCGUGCUUCCCCCGUGCUGUACAUGCUGGUGUGCGCUCGCGUAUAGAGGGCACAGCUGCAGCCUGCAUGCAUGGUGUACUUCGAUUUGUAAACGAGGUCAAAAUGGAAAUUAUUGCAAGGGGAUUAUCGAUUUGGAAAA